GAAAGAGAGAGAGAGCGAGAGAGAGAGAGAGAGAAAGAGAGAAAGAGAGAGCAGAUUAGAGCAUACGAGUUUUCGCUGGUAGAGGGGGAACAGCAGUGGGAGUAGAGGAGGGAGGGAAUACGUUCGACAGCGUAACUCUAGUAUUGAAACGUUCCACAAGAUAGCGCGAGUGUCGCCUUCCAGUCCGUUCGGCUCAGAGCAGUGGACAGAGCUCUCAGUUGACGCUUGACUCGGCUCAGCGAGGGCAACGAGAAGAAAGGGGGUCUUGCCAUGUGUGCGUAUGCGUGAUCGUGUAUGUGUCGUCUUUUCGGAAAAAAAAAAAAAACUCGAUGAAGGUAGAUCCCGCUACGUUUGCCAUUUGAAGGAGACCGCUGCACGUAUACAUAUAUCUUCGAAUGGUUUUGCUUUUCUACGUGGGAAAAUAAAAGCCUGUGUUGCAAUAAUCUCUUGUUGGGAUACUACCUGGAUUCGGGAGCGCGAAAGGGAAAAGAAACUUUUUUCCCUCUCGAAGAGCCUCGGUCGGGCCGAUCAAGAACGUCCUCUUUCUCUUUGAAUACAUGUUUUUCUCUCACACUUUCAUACACGCUAUUUCUUGCCCGUUUACUUUCCUGUGUAUCUCUAUAUGAUUGAUAUAUAUGUGUGUCUAUAUACAUAUAUAUAUGCACAUAUAUAUAUACACAUAUAUAUAUAUAUAUAUAUAUAUAUCGUAUCUUUCUCACUCUUUCUCUCUCUCUCUCUCUCACUCUUUCUCUCUCACACACAUACUCUUUCUAUUUCUCUCUCCCUCUCUCUCUCUCUCUCUCUCUCCCUCUCUCUUUCUCCCUCUCUCCCUUGGUGACGGGUAGUGCGCACUGUGUUCCGAGUGACGUUCCUUCGGGAAAAGGACAGAGACUAUAGUUAUGAGGGUGUUGAAGACGACAACGACGACGACGACAGUGCUGACAGGUUCCGUCAUUAAGGAAGGAAAAAGAGGGACGACACGCGGCCGGUAUAUUCCCGCCGCUCGCGGAACGUCCGCGGUGACGUUCUUUACGCAGUGAAACGAUACAGCGAUUGCCAAGUGAAAACACUCGAGGAAUUAUCCUCGAUAAUAGAGACUCGUUAAAACCCGAACGAACAAUCCCAAGCGAAAAGAAAGACGUCAGAUAUUAUCUAGUUUUAUUAAAUCGUGCUGUGUCGUUGUUUUUUUUUUCCUCUCCUCUAUAUAUAUAUAUCUCUAUCUCUCUCUCCUGGACCAUCGUGGAUUCGGACACGGCAACGAUACUUGGAACGUGUAUCCCGAAUUUGGACAUUCUGGUGGACACCUGUACCAACGACCUGGUCUGCACGUGGCUCCUGUCACCCGCCAUUGUCGACCCGCUCGACGACGUUACGCUCAUCGUCGUUUAACGGCCGACGCGACGACGCGACGACUUGGCUCGUAUAAUUUAUCGCGCCUUCGUCCUCCGGCCGUUCUUCCGUCCCUCCCGCAACCCGCUCCUUCUCCUAUCACUGACUCGUUCCACCGACCCCUUUCUCCCUGCCCCCAUCCGACCCAUCGCCCUCCCCUCCUUACUCGUGGUUCCUUACGAUCGGUACGCGCGCUCUUUAUUUACUCUCGGUCCGCCUUGCUAUGCUCGCACCACCGGCGGCGGCGAACCCUCGGUGCUGAUCCUCGCACUUUGUCGCGCGCGUCCGCUCCUCGAUGACGUGCCGCCUCGCUUCUCGCUGAACGCCACCCGGUCGAUCGGUUCUUUCGAGCUUCUUCCUUCCCCCCACCCCCUUUUAUCCCCUUACCCCGCAACCCGAUCUUCUCUCUAUCACGUUCACCUCCUCCUCCACCUUCUCCUCCUCCUCCUCCUCCUUCUCCUCCACCUCCACCACCACCACCACCUGACAUCCUCUGCGAUCGCUCGUCGGCGUGGGUGCCACGGUUUCGCCGUCGUCCCUCGACAUCGGCGUUAUAACAUCGGCAAUAAACCGGCACCAUCUGCACCAUCACCGAUCACGUGGCUUGCUCAACGGCUACGCUGUACGACAAUGUACACGCCGCGCCGCUGUGCGGCUCCGGCGUGGGCCACCCUGGCUCCGUCACGCCGAUGGGGACAGCUACCGGAGCGGGGCAUUCCACCGGGGUGACCUGGUGGACCAUGAUGAACGGUUCCCUCUACGACGACAGUCCACCGCCGGUACAACCUGCAGCUUCAACCCUCGUAUCGUUACAACAACAACAACAGCAACAACAACAACAACAGCAGCAACAGAAUUCAACUGGAGGUUCCCAUCAGCAACAGCAACAACCCCAACAACAAGCAACGACACCGACCUCUCCAGGUGUCCCAGCAUCAUCAGGCACGACCGCACCAUCGGCACCUUCAGCGAGCGCCAGUUCGACCUCACCGAGCGCCUCCUCGGUCGCGAGCAACAGCGCGACGGGACCGCUCCAUAUACCAGCAAAAAGACUAACGGCUACCCCAGGUGGUGCAAGCGGAGCCGGCUCGAGUUACGGGGAAGUAACCUGUGUCGAGGCAUCAUCUGUUGGUGCGGCUGGGGCCGCGGCAUCGGGCGUGAUACGACACUCGCACUCGUCCUCGGCAGGCUCGCAAGGCGGUUGGAGUUAUAGUCCUCAUCAUCCGCAGGACUCUCAUUACUCCUCCGCGGCGAGCGAAUCGUUGAAUCAUCAUCAAACAUACGGGGCUAACAACCCCCCGACGUAUUACAAUCUGGCGGCCGAUCCGACCUCGACGUCCGGUUCCUCGAGGGACAACCGGAAAACCGGAUCUACGGUGACCUUUUGGUCGCCUGCAACCGCGACCGUGGCCUCAGCAGCCACCACACCUGAUUAUAAGCCUUAUAAUUCUGCUGGGGCUGCUACUGUAAGCGGAUCAUCCAGCGGUGCAGCAGGUGGUACCUCCUCGGUUACGGCAGCGGCUACAGGACCACCCGAUCCUACGGUAUCAUCUUGUCAUCAGAGUAGCUUUGGUCAAAGCUGGUGUAAUUACGCGCCUUACACUACCGCGAGGCAUCAUCAUCCAGUUGACACAGCUGCUCAUCAUCAUCCGCACUCGCAACCGACUGUUCCAUAUUUAACACCCUCCGCGGCCGACGAUCGGGGCAGAGUUGCAGCCGCGAUGGUCGCCGCGGAAGGAACCUUCCCUCACGAUGGUUAUGGCGGACUAAGGAACUAUGGGGCACCCGAGCCCGUCACCUCUAGUCCCUAUCCACCCCCAGUGAUGUGGGGUUCCUCCCCAUCUUCGUUUUUUCCAGCAGGUUCCCUGGCGGGAGUCGGCGUGGGCGUCGGCGUGGCCGGCGUGGCUGGCGUGGGUGUUGGCUGUGGUGGUUCGACGCAUUUGGAGUGGACAGGUCCAAUGACAGUUCGCAAGAAGCGUAAACCGUAUUCGAAAUAUCAAACAUUGGAAUUAGAAAAGGAGUUCCUAUUCAACGCAUACGUCUCAAAGCAAAAACGAUGGGAGCUCGCGAGGACAUUGAAUUUGACUGAGCGACAGGUCAAGAUUUGGUUUCAGAAUCGACGUAUGAAGAACAAAAAGAAUACACAGCGUCAAUCUCAGCAACAACAGAACAAUAAUAAUAAUAAUAAUAACAACAACAAUAGCGCGAAUAAUGCGAAUCACCAUGGUGGAGGAGGCGCGACCGGUGGUCAUCAUCAUCCGGGUGCCGGUCAUGCGGCACCAUCGAGUCAUCACGUGGUAGCGCAAGCACACCACGCGAACGGCUCAGCGAAGCAUCAUCAUCAGUGACCCGUGGCCUUCUCUGGGGUCGUCUUCGGCCACUAUCCUCACGGCUCCUCGUCGAGCACCGGGGCAACAACGGCAACAGCAAUUGCCACCGGAGGCAACAUCGGCGUCGUUGGUUCUGCCGUUGGUACUGCCGUUGGUACUGCCGUUGGUUCUGCCGUCGGCGGUUCGGGUGUCGGUUCGGGUGUUGGUACAGGUCUCGGUUCCGGUGUAAUGACCGGUGUCAUGAGCGGUAGUAACGCCGGCGGAAUUGGCGUCUCGACUGGUAGCCACGGGGUCGGAGGUCACGCGAGUUUGGUGGUAGCGGCUGCGGCAGCCGGCAUUCCGCAGAGUACGCUGACGCACGGAAAUUCCGCGACGCCUAUACGAUCGGCGAGCGGCGGAAGCGCCGCUGGCAAUAACGAUCGUACCGUCGCGAUUGUCCAUCCGCAUGGACACGUCCACGCGACCACACCACACCAUCAUCAUCACCACCAUCACCAUCACCAUCAUCAGCUGCCGCACGUAGCGCAACAAUAUCCGGCGCUUCUUCAUCAGACCUCGCACGGCUUGGCCGCAUGAAUUUUUUCAAUCUACCAACGCCCCAGAGAAACUACAUUAUAUCUAUUAGCUCGCUUAAAGCAGCCGGUCGCGUUCAACGAAAGACGUGUGCACGCGCGCACGCACUGGACUCUCUCACUCACUCUCUCUCUUUCUCUCUCUCUCUCUCUCUCUCUCUCUCUCUCUUUCUCUCUCUUUCUCUGUCAUUCUGUCUCUUUCUCUCUCUCUCUCUCUCUCUCUCUCUCUCUCUUUCUCUCUCUCUCUUCCUAUCUGUCUCUCCGUAUUAUUUUCAACAGCCUCAAAAACUGAUCGAUCAUUUUACAGAGAGAUACGAUAUGCGAAUAGUAUAAAUAUUAUUAUUAUUAUUAUUAUUAUUAUUAUUAAUUAUUAUUAUUAUUAAUAAUUAUUAUUAUUAAUAUUAUUAAAUAUUAUUGCGUAUUAUUAUAACGGUUAUCGAUGAAAGGCAAGCGGAAGGUUAUUGUAUAAAAAGAGAUAAAGAAAAAAUGAAAAAAACUCUAGGAGCAAAAACUAAUGCGUAAAGUGUUCCGGGGACUCUUCGUCGAGUGUCGGUGUCCAGUGUCGGUCAGCUUCGAAUUGAACGCGUUAUUGAUCGUCAUAUUUGUCGGGCAAGUACGCGCGACACCAAACAAUCUGUCCAAACCGUAUUCGGUAAUAUUUUCUCCACCUAUAUAUAUAUAUAUGUGCGUGUGUAUGUAUGUAUAUAUAUAUAUAUAUAUAUAUAUGUAUACAUGCAUAUACAUACGAGAUAAGAGUAAUAAGCAUCUCUCGUUCAGUGUCCUACCCGAAAUCCCUUCGUGAAACGCGCGUCUUAUCUUUCGUUAUUGUUUUCUCUAUUUUCUAUUCUUUUUUUUUUCUUUUUCUUUUUUUUUUUUUUUUUUUUUUUUUUCUUUUAUUUCUUUCUAUACGUACGACGCGUUUGUUUCUGAGCGUUAGUAUUAGAUCGUUGGAAUUACGCUAAACCGGGUUAGGCGUUGUUAGAACGUCAACCCUAAGCAAUCCCUCUUACGAUUAGAAGUGGAACGACGUGGGGGUUUGAGUAGGGGUGGGAGGGAGAUAGAAGGAUGAAGCUACGUGAAAGUCGAGGAGAGAUAUGUUUGGUAAGUCGAAAUAAUUCCUAUGAAAAAUUU